AUGACUUUCACUUCUCGUCAAUAUUUGCUAGAGUGGGUCCGAAUUGAAGCUAGUAAACUUGGAUUUGGCGUUGUGAUAGCAAGGGUUGAUGGUUUGUGGCGUUUUAGGGUCGUUUGCGGACUUCAUAAUCACGCAUUGGAAACCAAGCUACUGCAUCCAAUUGUGUGUCGGCUAAAUCAUGAAGAGAAGGAUUCUAUUUUAGAAUUGUCGAUAAUCAAAGUUGCGCCAAGAAACAUACUUGCCGAUUUGAAGCGAAAAAGACCAGAAAGUGUUUCAAAUAUCAAACAAGUAUACAAUGAACGUUACAGACUGAACAUUGCAAAAAUAGGUCUGAGGUCGGAAAUGCAACAACUUUUGAAACUUAUGGGUGAUAACCAAUACGUUUCAAGGUACAAAGCUUGUGAGUACAAAGUUACCGUUCGUGACAUAUUUUGGACUCAUCCCGAAAGUAUCAACUUAUUCAACAUAUUUCUAACCGUCUUUAUAAUUGAUUCGACGUACAAGACCAACAAUUAUAGGAUUCCGCUUCUAGAAAUUGUUGGUGUGACCUCUACAGACAAGACAUUUUUGGUCGGAUUUGUUUUUUUGGAAUGUGAGAAAGAAGAUAACGUUACAUGGGCAUUGGGAAUAUGCAAGACUUUGUUGGUUGAUCCACACAAUAUGCCUAAUAUCAUUGUUAUCGACUGA